GUCACUCGCCAGCAACUUCAUUUACAAAAACCGACCGAUCAUGUUCUUUAUUUGAAAAAAAUCCCUUUAAUUUCCACGUUCGUUUGACAGUUUCCGAUCGAUUUUUCCCUAAAAAUAAUCACGGCAAGUAAAAUGCGCGUCGACAUUGCGCAGAAACGUUGCAGUUGAAACGAAAAUGUAAAAUGGGAAUGUUAUCUCUGAGUGUUAAACGAUGUAUUUUGUGCAGACGAAUUCAGGCAAACACUCGACAAUUCGCCAGAUUGGCCGAAGUCGGCAAGCUCGAGCAGCCGAAACUCAGCGGCAAGUACGAAACUGGGCAGCUUCUCCUGCAUCGCGUCUUCGGCUAUCGCGGCGUGGUGCUCUUCCCCUGGCUCGCUCGGGUCUACGAUCGUGACCUGCCCCAUCAGCAGCGCGACGGCGACGACGAGUCGGCCGCGGUCAACAAGGAGGUGCGAGGACGUACGCACACCUUCUACCAGGUCCUCAUCGAUCAACGUGACUGUCCCUACAUCCGAGCCCAAACCGAAGCUGUAACGUUUUUAGGCAACCAGGAGUCGUCGCGCAGUCUCUACGCGAUACCGGGCUUGGACUACGUCGCCCACGAGGAUAUCAUACCGUACGCGAGCGCCGAGAAGUCACCUCUGCAGCAUGAACUUUUCGACAAGUUCUUGGCACACAACCCUGACAAAGAUCCACCGUUCACAUCUCAAGAGACGCUAAGGGCAUGGCAGAACAAGAACCACCCCUGGCUGGAGCUCUCCGACGUCCACAAGGAGACGACCGAAAAUAUUCGCGUAACUGUGAUCCCCUUUUAUAUGGGAUGUAGAGAAUCGCACACCAACUCAGUUUACUGGUGGCGGUACUGUAUACGUUUAGAAAACUUAGGCAAUCUCUCAGUGCAACUGCGCGAAAGACACUGGAGGAUAUUCUCGUUAUCGGGCACGCUGGAGACGGUAAGAGGUCGAGGGGUCGUCGGUCAAGAGCCCGCGCUGACCCGAGCGCUGCCCGCCUUCCAGUACAGUAGUCACGUCAGCCUGCAGGCGCCCAGCGGUCACAUGUGGGGCACGUUUAGGAUGGAGAGAGAGGAUGGCUACUCGUUCGACUGUCGGAUACCCCCGUUCUCUUUGGAAAGUAAAACGGGCGGUGCGCCCGCUACUCACCCCGAAUCUGUAUAAAGUGAUUUAGUGAUUGUAACCUAAUUUUAUAUAAUCUACUGACUAUUUUUUUCUUUGAAUAUAAAGAUAACAUGCAUCAUUUGUACAGGAAAGUUGUUAUUUCUAUGUUUAUUUUACAGUCAAGUCUCGCGUGGUAUUUUUGCCCCAUCCUGUGAGCUCAAUCAAGAUGGACUUUAACGAAGAAAAACCAUUUUUUUAUGUGAACAAUUGUACCUGACUCAAAUGCCAGUAUGGAUAACUCCUGAUCCUAAACUAUUUACCCUUCCUGUACGUCCCUGGCAUUUAAUAAACGAUAAUAAGUGAAA